UUUGGGCUCGUCUCUGUCUACGGGUUCGACACGGAGGGCCUCGCGGCCAGGCAGUUGGAGCUCUAUAAGGCUAUAGGCUCCCAUGUGGUUCUCGAAUGCCUCUCGUACGUCGUUGGGGGCGACUUCAACCUCGAGCCCCCCGAGCUUCGAGAUACGGGUUGGAGCUGGCUAGGUGUGAAGCAAGUGCAGCGAUGCGGCGAUAGUGAGUUCUCGCCGCACUUCGUGGUGGAGCUGGAGUUCUACCCUGCCCUCUGCCGCCUGCAGGCCUUGGGUGACUUCGGGAGGGCCCGCAGGUUCCUCGAGUGGGGAGAGAAAGCCUUGAGGUCCCAGGAUGCCAGCGAGGUCCGGCGUCUUCUGAGCAAGGCCUAUCAGAUUUGGGCCAACGAGACUGAGGGAGAGCUUUGUCAGAGGCUGGAGGAGGAGCUUCCCUGCCGUGGUUCGAGGGGCAAGGACCCCCAGGUUUGUUGGAAGGCGAUCCUUCAGAAAGAUGUCAAAGCUAGGCGGUGCCCAGAGCUUCGUGCCAUGAGGUGGUUUUGUUCCAGGUUCCGUGCUGCUGCCCAGCUUUUACCCGCGGUCUGGGCUGGUCAAGCCUCGACCUUCACCAGGCGCACCGUUGGCGAGCUGCUGGCGGGCGUGCUCCAGUCCGAGUGGGUCCCUGGUCAGCUGUCCCACCAGGACAACAUUUCUCUGUUGCAGGACAUCAGGGACUCGCUCAAG